CUCUGAAUCAUAGUAAAAGUUUGAUCGAAAGAUGACAUUUUAUUUACAUUUGUUAAAUCGAUGCAUUAAUGCUUUACGUUGUACGUAAUAAAAGCAUUGGUCGGUUGAAAAUCGUCGCAUGCGCUUGACUGAACCAUUCGGUAGAACAAAAUUUAUUUCAUUCUUAAACGACAUUAAGUAAACGCGAAUUAUUUAGGAAUGGCAGAUAUUAAACAAGACCAUAAAGUUGAGGAUACCGAUAAUUAUGGAAUGGGCAAUAAUGCAGAACCGAAAAAUAUGCAAGAAUUGACGGAAUAUGUGCAAACACUAUUACAAAAUAUGCAGGGCAAAUUUCAAACGAUGUCAGAUCAAAUUCUUGGAAAAAUAGAUGAAAUGGGAAAUAGAAUAGAUGAUUUAGAAAAGAAUAUUACAGACUUAAUGACACAAGCUGGUGUAGAAGGAGGUGAUAAAUGA